AUGAGGAAUUACGUAAGAAAAACUAAUGUAAAAUCAUGGAAGGAGUGUUCCAUGAUAGAGGCUUUAAAAGGCGUUUUAGAAAAGAAAUUAAGUUUCACAAAAGCCUCUGAAACGUACCCAAUUCCGGCCUCAAUUCUAAAAACCAGGUGGAAGAGAAUGUUAGAAGCCGGCGGGCUUGAUCAAGUAAAGUUUCUUCAGCUUGGUAAAUAUCGACCAACAUUGAGUGAAGAUCCAGAAAAAGAACUCGUGGAACAUAUUCGAAUAAUGGAUAGCAAAUUUUUUGGGCUCACGCGAAACAAGUUACGACGAGUUCUUUUUAAAUUUGCUGAGGAGUUAGGAAUACCUCACAAUUUUAGCAAAACCAUCGGAAUUGCUGGAAGAGAUUGGUACCAAAAAUUCAUGAAAAGACAUCCAGAGAUUUCAUUAAGAACACCUGAAAACACAUCCUUUGCGAGAGCAGCCGGAUUUAAUAAGUUUGUAACAAACAAAUUCUUCGAUUUAUUAGAUGGACUAAUGACUGAAUUUGAAUUUCCUCCCCAUAAUAUCUGGAACGUGGACGAAACGGGUACUUCAGUUGUUCCAAAGAAACAACCGAAAGUUAUAAGCCUAAAAGGAAAACACCAAGUGGGAAUGAUAUCUUCUGCAGAACGUGGUAUUACUGUCACCGCAGCAAUUUGCUGCAAUACUGCUGGUCAAUUUUUACCAUGUUAA